CCUAAACCCAAAACCCAAUCUCGCGCCACCUCUCUCUCUCGGCGAUUCGGCCCCUAGGGGCGAUCUGCUUUUUCCGGCAGCCAUGGCCGGCGAUGGGCCGCCGGACACCCACCAUCGUCCUCCUGACGUCAAGGCGCACCCAACCCACCCAAACAUCAGCCCCAUCGCUGCCGGAAACCGCCAGGCCGAAGUUGACGCCGUCGCCCAGGUUUACCCAUUUUUUCCGGCCACCACAGGCAGCGGCAAGCUCCCAAUUCCAUCAUCGAAGGCUCCUGACGUCCCUACGAGUUCAUCGCCACCGGAAUUGCAGCAUUUGGACGUCGGAGUCGCCAGAUCGCCGUUCCCAGCCGACCCGCCGUUCACAAUUGGGUCGCUGCAUUUUCCGGCGACCUCCGGUGAAUUUAAGGUCGCGCAACCCUCUAGCAAUGUUCCUGGAGUCCAUUCGAUCGUCCUUGAGUCAUCAAUUGCAGGAAUUGAAGCUGGAUUGCAAAAGCCCCAAUCUUCGGAAUUUAGGGUUUUUCCGCACCCAAAAACCUCAAUUCGAAGUGUUUCAGGGCAAAUUGGGAAAAAAGGAUUGGAGAAUCGAGAUCCUCGUGAAAACUCGGUUCGAAUGGCGUUGGCCCCGUCCAUUUUGGCUCCGGCGGAUUUUCCGGCGACGGCGGCCGGAGCUCCGGCGACGGCGGCGGCGGCGGAGGCGGCGCUGACUGUCGGGAAAAUUCCAGAAUCUUCAGCACCGCUCCCUCAUUCCAAAAAACAGAAUCCCAGUCUUUCCCAGGUGAUUGCGCGUUCCAAAAGAAUUUCCAUUCCUACUUUUGUGACGGAGCUGCUUCCCGAUCGUGAGGUUACCGUUCAUCGAGGCAUGCCUGCAGUGAGGUUCAAUGAGGCUGAGGUUAGUGACUUAGCUCUCAUUGACAAGUAUAUUUUGGUUGGCAAGUUUUCUCAUGGGCAACCUAAGUUGGACGUAAUCAAAAAACACUUUGCUACUAAUUACGUGUUUCGUGGAUCUGUCUCUGUGGUGGACGGUGAAGCUAAGUGUUUCUGGCGAGAAAUCAUGACGUCUACUGUUCCGGCCAAGUCUCAGCCGCUUCACAACUUUGCCUCGCACUUGAAGUGGAAGAAGAACCACCAUUCCAAUAAUCACCACCGCGGCCGCUCCGCCAAGCACUUGGAAUCGGCGGCUUCUCCGUCCCGGGUCGCUUCCCCUCUGCGGCAGUCUCAGUCGCCACUCAUACACCGAGUCCGGUCUCCGGAUUUCGAAUCCGUGACGCCGAUGCUGGUCCGCCGCCAGUCUCCGAUGCGGGAGCGAGAUCGCCAGUCACAGAUGCGCGAUUCUGCUAGUGAAUCGAGUAAGAGGAGUUUCGCUGCAGAGAUGGACGGGAUUGGCCAGAAAGAUGGCAGAUCGAAAUUAAUUCUGAAGCUCCCUCGGAAAAACAGGGGCGAUGAGAUUCAGGAGGAGCCAAAGGGCGAAGAGGUUCCAGAGGAGGGGAAAUCCGGCGCAGAUGCAGUUCAGGAAGCAUCCGAAGAGCCAGUCCAAAAGAUUUGGAAUCUGAGGCCAAGGAAGCCGAUACACAAGUCACUGAAUUUGAACGGCGUCCAGUUCAAAGCAGGGGGGCCGUCGGCCACCAUAGAGGACACGACUCAGUCGCCUCACCGGACUCCAAUCAGACCGGAUGCCGAUGUUCACUGCGCAGAGAAGAAGGAGAAGAGGCGGAGGUUUUCCAUUGCACUCACAAAGGAAGAGAUUGCAGAAGAUAUUUUUUCCCUGACUGGAUUAAAGCCCGCAAGGAGGCCGAAGAAGAGAGCCAAAUGUGUUCAGAAACAACUUGAUACUCUUUUUCCUGGUUUAUGGUUGGCUUCAAUCACUCCUGAUUCAUAUAACGUCUCUGAAAACAAUUCAAAGGGUUAGUAGAGGGGAUAGUUCAACAGAGGUAUUGUUCAAAGGGUCUUUGGGAUUUAGAAGACCUGACAAAUUUUGGGGAUCUCAUAUGCUGGUUUAAUAACCUAUUACAUGUAAAGAAAAAGAAGAGAAACUU